CCGCGGCCGCGCCAACAUGGCGGCCGAGAUCCACUCCAGGCCGCAGAGCAGCCGCCCGGUGCUGCUGAGCAAGAUCGAGGGCCACCAGGACGCCGUCACGGCCGCGCUGCUCAUCCCCAAGGAGGACGGCGUGAUCACCGCCAGCGAGGACAGAACCAUCCGAGUAUGGCUGAAAAGAGACAGCGGCCAGUACUGGCCCAGCAUUUACCACACAAUGGCCUCCCCUUGCUCUGCUAUGGCUUACCAUCAUGAUAGUAGACGGAUAUUCGUGGGCCAGGAUAAUGGAGCUGUAAUGGAAUUUCAUGUUUCUGAAGAUUUUAAUAAAAUGAACUUUAUCAAGACCUACCCAGCUCAUCAGAACCGGGUGUCUGCCAUCAUCUUCAGCUUGGCCGCAGAGUGGGUGAUCAGCACUGGCCACGACAAGUGUGUCAGCUGGAUGUGCACCCGGAGUGGGAACAUGCUGGGGCGACACUUCUUCACUUCCUGGGCUUCGUGUUUACAAUAUGAUUUUGAUACUCAGUACGCUUUUGUUGGCGAUUACUCUGGACAGAUCACCCUGCUGAAGCUUGAACAGAACACGUGUUCAGUUAUCACAACCCUCAAAGGGCAUGAAGGGAGUGUUGCUUGCCUCUGGUGGGAUCCUAUUCAGCGGUUACUGUUCUCAGGAGCAUCUGACAAUAGCAUCAUCAUGUGGGACAUUGGAGGCAGGAAAGGCCGGACACUCUUGCUGCAGGGCCAUCAUGACAGGGUGCAGUCGCUGUGUUACCUGCAACUAACCAGGCAGCUCGUCUCCUGUUCCUCGGAUGGUGGGAUUGCAGUGUGGAACAUGGACGUUAGCAGAGAAGAGGCUCCUCAGUGGUUGGAAAGUGAUUCCUGUCAAAAAUGUGAGCAGCCCUUUUUCUGGAACAUAAAGCAGAUGUGGGACACGAAGACGCUGGGGUUGAGACAGCAUCACUGCAGGAAGUGUGGGCAGGCCGUCUGUGGGAAGUGCAGCAGCAAGCGCUCCAGCUACCCGGUCAUGGGUUUCGAGUUCCAAGUCCGCGUUUGUGAUUCCUGUUAUGAUUCCAUCAAAGAUGAAGAUCGGACCUCUCUAGCAACCUUUCAUGAAGGCAAACAUAACAUCUCCCACAUGUCCAUGGACAUUGCUAGGGGACUGAUGGUGACCUGUGGGACCGACCGUGUUGUAAAGAUAUGGGACAUGACGCCUGUGGUGGGCUGCAGCCUGGCAACUGGGUUUUCUCCACACUGAUCCGGGAGCUGGGUGAUAUCAACACCUUACGAACAGUGGCCUCCACCAAGUGAAAUCCUUCCCAUGUAGCUCCACAGCCACUGUCACAAGCAUGGGCAGUAGCCACCUAAAAACAAAUCAACAUUUUUUAAAAGAAAAAAAUGUAAAGGUGUGUUUUUGGGCACUUGUGGAACUUGCCUGUGGGAACUAAUGUGGAAAAGGUCUGUCUGUAGUGGUUCCCUGAGGAAUGAAAUUACUUCAACAAAAAUUCCUCAUGCACAGUGACCUCAUAGGUAAGGAAAGAGUAAUCUAGUAAAUGAGAGUUUUAGAGGGAGAAAAAAAAAAUAGAACAAAAAUUUAAUGCUUAAAUCUUCCUGAAAGCAGUCCCAAGUACAAAUACAUGUCCACUCAGACUAGCGGGCCUUCAAGGGCCCUUGAGCCUAUUGUUGGAGCAGGUGUUGGGGGUCAGGACAACCUGUAUUCCCUUUCUCCAGGUGUGCAACAGGAACUUAGGAAACCAGAGGUCGUUCCCUGUGGCUGGCAACACAUGAAUAUUCUCUGUUUGCUGUUGCUGAUUAACUUACAGAUGUCUGUUCUCUGCAGGUAGCACCGUACUCUGUGCUUAGCAUCUAGCUCGCUUCAGUUGUUUCUCUUCCAGCCAGUAGCCAAGGGUGACUUUUGCAGUUGUUAUUGAGUUGUGAAAUUUCUCUAGUAACCAAGAUAGUCCACAUUUUUCCCUUUCCCUCAAAUGUGCUGAGGGCAUAGCUUUUUUAUGGUGCUGAUAACAUGAGAGUCACACAAACACCCGACACUUUCUCAUUUCAGCUAGUAGUGACUAAUGAAGACCCAGCUGCCAUAUGGUGGUGAUGGGAAAGAGCAGUCUGCUUCAUGGAGCCCAGUUCUCCUUCAGACCUGUAGUCCCAAGAUGAGCCCCUGCGAGAUUGUGGGAAUUUAAUAUGCUCCUCAGAAAAGCACUCCAGGGCUUGUAAGUGAGGCUGACUUUUAGUUGUAACUGGUAUUAUCCAUGUCAUAGGAGGGAGUUGGUGGCCCACAGCUGUAAUGGGUGACCAUCAGGUCCUGAUCUAAAAGUAAUCCCUAACUUUUAGAUCAUCUUCACAACUGCCAAAAGCUGUUGUUUAAAAUGCAUUUUUAAAGCUUUUGACCAAGAAUACUAGAAUGAGGAAGAGGCAGGGAAUGGGAACCCAUCUUUUAAUAGUCAAAUAGUUCUCUGUGUGUUGCCUUAACAGCACGUGUAUCUUUGGUUUUGGGUUAUGGAAGUGAGUGGAGAAAGACUUACUUUUUGAAAAGACUAAUGUAAAAAUAAAUAGCAACAAUAUCUCUGUUAGUCUUACCAAUGGAUAUGGAUUAAAAAAACUUCUGCAUCACUGCAAUGGGAUCAUAUCAAGACAAUGUCAUCAUUCUGUUUGAUAACUAAAGGACUAAAUCUGCUUUAUAAACAUGGUUUAUGGGUGCAAAAAAAUUAAGACAGGCAAUGAAGCAAAGUUUUUUUAAUGGCUGUGUGACACAAAUAACUUUGGAAAGUGAAGGCAGCAGUACACCAUGUUCUGGAAUGAUCUGCAUUGGAAGCUGAAUUGUCUUGAGAAAUAAGAAUGAUCUUGUUGCUCCUUAUAAUUUUUUUGUUACAUCACCUGAAAAAGGUAUUUCUUUGAAAAACACUUCCUAGACUCUGCAAAAUGUAUAUUACUAACAUAAUGUGGAAGACAAAUUGAACAAUGGUAACUUUUUAACCACAAGGUUGAAUGUUCAACUUCAUGUAUUAACUUCAGUCAGUCAGUGGUUCACCCCAAACAGAAGUGCUUUUCUCUGGGUAUUAAGUCCUGAAAGGAGAGUAGAACAUGUUGGAGCUCUUACCCUGUGGAGCAGUGCUGCCCUUUGGCUGUGUUUUUCUUUAACUUCUGUAAAAUAUGACCUUUUAAUGUCUGUGGCAGACAGAAGAGAAUAUCACAGCUGCUGAGAAUACACCAUAGCUUUCCAACUUUUUAUUUUAAAAAAGUCUUAAUAAACAACCCUGUGCUCCAUAGAGAGCACAGAGUUAUUUUAGGCCUUCUAAGGCAUUAAUAUGAAUCAAGGAGGAAAAUUAUAUUUAAGGAGGAAUCAGUGUGAGAUACCUUAGAAAAUUCUAGAGUGUUUAGGUAUGGUUUACUCUUUGCCUGAGCCUGUGAUCUCUUUUCAUUUAAAAAAAUGUGUUUGCCAGACUGAUCUUGUCUCUGUCACUUGUGAGGUUACAAAUGCAGUAAUAUUUUUGAUAGAGUGGGAGAAGAUUAUUUUCUCAGUGUUACUGAUUAGGCGCACAGGGAAGGUACAGAUAGCUGAUAGUUACUGCCUUAUUUUGACUGUGUUUCUCUUAAACGGGUCGCUUAAGAUAGUUCUUCGUGUAGCAGUUUACUGUUUUUUCCAUUCCUGAAUCUUCAAGCUAAUUUGUACAAAUAGGGACUAAGAAGUACAGAAAAUUAGACAAGAUCCUUAUGUUUAGAUCUAGAAUGUAUGUGAUAAGGAAAUGCCAAUUCUUCGUUAUCAGCAUAUUUUGAAAUCGUCCCUGUUUUUAAAUAAGUCUAAGUGAUAGUAAUACCUCUGUAGCAUUAGGUAGAAACAUGUUAUUAUUCACUACCUUGUAAAUCUCUGUUUACUACGUCCUUCUUCUGUCUUGCUACCUAGAGGAUAUAAACAAAAAAAUAUUACUCUAGAACAUACCACUUUGUUCUCCCUUUUAAGGAUUCAGUUUGUUAGUAUCUAUAUUUUUUAAAGCUGUUGAAACUGACCCAAAUAUGUAAUACAAACUAUAGCAGCUCAGACUCCAGGAGAUAUUUUCUAAAAUCAAUGUUCAUUAAAGUUCUUUCUACUUCUGUUACUGAAUCUGGUGUUCUCCUGAAAAAUAAGAAACCAGUUAUUAAUGACAUCUGCUCAUUAGAUAUGUGAGGUUUAACAAAUAAGUAAUACAUGCUACGUUUAUUCAAGUGUCUAUUGCUUAAUUGUUAAUUGUGAGCAGAUUAUCGAAAGCCUCCUCUAUUUUAUGUAGUUUACAAUAACUUUGAAUAAGUUGAAGUUUAAUUGUGCAGCAAAUUUAUAUUAGAGUACAAUUUAAAGUGUUUUCCUGUAUAGCCUUUUUUUGACUGGGGAAGCAGAGGGUGAUAUUAAUUAGUACUCUUUGUUCUUGUACUAGCGUUUCUAGAAGAUAUGGUGCACAGCAUAUCCCAGAGAGGCUAGAAAACUUUGUUCUCUGCUCCUAUUAUGGAUUCUGUUUUUGUGGGUUUUUUUUUUUUUUGAGAAUAUACAUACAAUAAAAUAUUCCUUGCUUGUUAC